AUGGCGGCAGCUGGAGGCGCGUCGAGUAUUAUUACUCAAGUGCAACAAACAGGAGGACCCCCCAUCAACACCCUUGGUGGUACGCGCAUUCAGAGUUUACGUCUGAUAAUAUCGAAUUUAUCUAAUAUUGCUAAUGGCUACUUUGGUACUCGCUUUACGCUCUCCCGUGAUGAACUAUUAACCCUACCGGAAUUUGUCCUUCUGUCGCUCUUCCCAAAUGGUUUACUUCCGGAUGGGCAUAUGAACGGUUUUCAUGAAAGCGAUGUAUAUCCUGUUGAUUACGAUCCAGCUUCCCUCCAAUACAUGCUAGAUUUCUUCCGUUCUGUCGCCCAGUCUAUCCCAUCUUCGGCAUCUGCUUCUCCAGACCUCGAGGUGGCCCCCGAUUCUAUGCAAGGCUCUACGAGAGACAUGCUCCAAGAUCGAGCUGGCAUAAUUGUUUUACGUGAAGAUCUGGACUUUUACGUCAUUCCUCCUCGAUCAGACAUUGACCAUGGAGAAAUGAUGGAGGUCAAGCGAAGCGCUGCGAAGGCUCUUCUACGGCAAGAUGGGAUAUUUUCAGGGCUGAGGAAAAGCGAUGAGCCGGGAUCUACAGAGCAGCAUCUCAUCGAGAUGCUCACCGCCGGGGGAUUUGACCGUGAUGAUCAUUGGGGACACCGAGCCCCAGAGCCUAACAAAGCAGUAAUUUGCAGCCUUGCAUUGGCAAAACUUCGAACUGAUAUCAGGGGUGACCUAGCCAGUAACAAUGUUGGAAUGGCUCAGAAGCUUCUUCUGUUCUGGCGGAAGCCUGCACGAAGAUGUUGGUGGGAGGGCGUCGAGUUGGACAAUGUUGAGGGUGUUGAAGGCAAGAUCAAAAUAUGGAUUCGCAGGGUCUGGACCCUAGAAAUGGUGAGUUUUGUGGUUUCUCAACUUGGCCCACGUCUACUAACAACCCCCUAG